AUGAGUCGGAGGCAUAUGAACCGUUUUACAAUCGAACAGGUCCUAGAUAUUGCAGAGGUUAUCCAUUCGAGGGGCUCUCGCAAGGUGUGGCGCAUAGGAGAUUACAUCCUUAAGCAAACCCCAUACGAAGGUGUCAACAAUGAAGUGGCAACUUUGCGGUUUGUCCAGCAGCACACUACCAUCCCCGUCCCCGUUGUCUACGACGAGUGGCUGUCCCCUGACCGUCGCUUCCAUUACAUUCUUGAGUCUCGCAUCCCAGGCAAAAGUCUCAAGCAAUGCUGGGGGGUAUUGUCACGUAAAGGGCGAGAAAGAAUCGCUCGGACGGUUUUGAAAUACAUGCAGGAGCUGUCGCAGUUCCGCUCUGACAGGCUAGAAUCCAUUUCCAGCAACAAGCUUCGCUUAAACAACUUUGUUCCAAAACCGUAUAAGGUCUUAUUGAACAUCUGGAGGACUGAUAACGACAUUUUUGACAACGAGUACCGUCCUGCUCUUCUUUCUUCGGGCGUCGACGACGGGGUCAUUUUGGUCCUCAAAAACACCAUGCCUCCAUGUCAGGGUCAGUAUACGCUGACGCAUGGCGAUCUCUUCACGGGAAACAUCAUUGUCGAUCCAGUCAAGGAACAAGUGACUGGUAUCAUUGACUGGGAGAGUGCCGGAUUCUGGCCCGCAUGGUUUCAAUAUGCGCGCAUCACGCUUGGUGCCGGUGGCUGGGAUGACGAGUGGAAAGCACUGCUCAGCCGGGCGAUGAAGGCUACUCAUUUACCUCCUCAUUCGAAGCACGGCCGCAUCUGGUGGGACGCAGUGUACGAGCUACUUGAUCACCCUGGAAGCUCCCUAGCUCGGGAGUGGAUCAAGGAGAUUAUACGUUAUUUGGCUGGAGAGAACGUUUCACUUAAUAACUAUGACGGGUUUGGCCUGUAA